UUUAAAGACAUAUAUAGAUAUAUAUAAAUGGAACCCAACUUCCAUUUUUCAAUAACACCAUUCGUAAAGAAAAUAAUAUUGAACAUCAAAAAAAUUCUUUAAUUAAUAAUGGCUACAUCUACUGUUUUUGUCUCGGGUGCAAAUGGAUUCAUUGCUCAACAUAUCAUCAAGCAAUUGAUUGCUAAGGGUUACAAUGUCAUUGGAUCAGUUAGAACUGCUGAAAAGGGUGAUGCCUUGAAGAAGAACUUGAAUUCUGAUAAAUUCCAAUAUGCCAUUGUUCGUGACAUUCAAGUUGAAGGUGCCUUCAAUGAAGUCUUCAAGAACCAUCCAGAGAUUACCAUCGUCUUACAUACUGCAUCACCUUUAUCAUUCGUCGUUACAGAUUUUGAAAAGGACUUGUUGAUCCCAGCUGUUGAUGGUACCAAGAAUGCCUUGAACGCAGUCAUUGAAUUUGCUCCUCAAGUCACCAAUGUCGUGGUCACCUCGUCUUGUGCCUCAAUUUAUACUUUAUCUAAAGAGAAAGAUGCUUCCGUUACAUUUGAUGAAUCUUCAUGGAAUGAAAUCACUUGGGAACAAGCUAAGGAAAACGCUUUAACUGCAUAUAUUGGUUCGAAAACCUUUGCUGAAAAGGCCGCUUGGGAUAUCAUGGAAACAAAGAAGCCACAUUUCACCUUGACUACAGUUAAUCCAAUGUAUGUCUUUGGUCCACAAGCAUUCAAUUCUGAAGUCAAGGAUACUUUAAAUGCUUCUGCUGAAAUUAUCAACAAUAUAAUUAAAUUGAAAAGUACUGACGAUGUCCCAGCCCUUGCAGCUAGUUUUGUUGACGUAAGAGAUGUGGCUGCUGCUCACAUUGUUGCCUUCGAAAAUAAGCAAGCCGCCUCUAAGAGAUUGCUACUUUCUAGUUCGACUUUUUCUUCUCAAGGAAUUCUUGAGGUAUUAAACGAAAACUUUUCUACAUUGAAGGGCAAACUUCCAGUUGGAAAACCAGGAACUUCCAAGGAAGACACUGACAAGUUGGCUCGUUUUAAUAACGAUGCUACUAGAAAGAUCCUUGGAUUUGAGUUUAUUGAUUUAAAGAAGUGUAUAAUUGAUAGCGUAGAACAAGUUUUAGCGGUCAAAGGCAAAAUUUAAAUAUAGUAUAAAAUUU